UGAACCUGUUGCAUUAGUUGUUGUGUUUUCUUUUCCAGACUAAUUCUCAGAAGCUGUUGACUUUGUGACUACCAUACACACAUCCUGGAAUACAGCUCACUGACAAAAUCAGGAUGAGAAGGGAAAUUGGCCAGCCCAGCUGAGAGCACAUAGAAAUGACAAAGCAAAAGCGUCUGCUUGAUGGGACGCUCUGCUUGCUGCUGCUUGUGGCCUGUGAAGCGCAUCAACUCUCAAAAGGUCAUGUUGCCACUAGUUCCAGUCCUCUGUGUGAGAAGGAGGCAAAGUCCUGGGAAAGCCUUUUCAGUAGCGAGCGGCUGGAUGCCUGGAUCUGUUCCCUCAUCGGCUCACUCAUGGUGGGGCUGAGUGGGGUCUUCCCCUUGCUGGUGAUCCCUUUUGAGACGGGAGCCGCUCUGCACUCAGAAGCUGGAUCACAUCGUUUGAAGCAGUUUUUGAGCUUUGCAAUUGGUGGGCUACUGGGGAAUGUGUUUCUGCACCUGCUUCCUGAAGCAUGGGCCUACACAUGCAGUGCAGCAGCAGGAGAAGGGCAGAGCUUUCAGCAGCAGAAACUUCUUGGUCUAUGGGUCAUCAUUGGUCUGCUGACCUUCCUGGCAUUAGAGAAGAUCUUCCUAGAGAAAGAAGAGAAGGAUUGCCCGGGUGUGGACUCUGGUUGUAAAGCACCAGAGGGGAAGAUUCCCAAUGGAAGUGUUUUUCCCCUUCAGAAGAUGGCAGGCAGACCCCAAAAAGCAAGAAUGGUUUCAGCUCAGUGUAAUGGCUCCUCUCGCCAGUCUUGUCCAACAGAUAACAGGAUCAAGAUCAGUGGAUACCUCAAUCUGUUGGCCAACACCAUUGAUAAUUUUACACACGGCCUAGCAGUAGCAGCCAGUUUCCUGGUGAGCAGAAAGGUUGGGCUCCUAACCACAACAGCAAUUCUCCUGCAUGAAAUCCCACAUGAGGUAGGGGACUUUGCAAUCCUACUUCGGGCUGGGUUUGAUCGCUGGAGUGCAGCCAAGAUGCAGCUUUCCACAGCAUUAGGGGGGAUUCUAGGAACCUGCUUUGCAAUAUGUGCUCAGUCUCCAAAAGGGGCAGGGGAAACAGUUGCCUGGAUUCUCCCUUUCACUUCUGGAGGAUUUUUAUAUAUCGCCUUGGUAAAUGUUGUGCCUGACCUCCUGGAGGAAAAGAACCCUUGGAACUCCCUACAGCAAGUUCUACUCCUGUGUACAGGCAUUACAGUCAUGGUGCUGCUCUCGUUCACAACAGAGUGACCUCUGCACAGACUUCGCAACUCCUCCCAGGGACACUGCAGUGAUUCUGAGUUGGCAAAGCAAUAAGAACACUAAUAUUACUUCUUAUGCGUGCAUGUGUGGAUCUCGCUGCUAGUAUGAGAAGCAGGUGAGAAAGAGGUCUGGGUGUGCAGGACUUUAUUCCCUGGCUCUCCUAUCCCUGUUCUGCUAAAAUCCCACACAUCAGAGCUUCCUCUUUUAUGGAGCAAAAGAU